CUUGUGACUUCCUCAGCUUUCAGACAGCCAGCUGUGCGCCGGCCCGCCCCAGCAUGCUGGACUGACGUCUGAGGAAUGGCAUCGGCUGUUUUUGAAGGGACGUCGCUGGUCAACAUGUUUGUCCGGGACUGCUGGGUCAACGGGAUCCGGAGACUCAUCAUCAGCCAACGGGGAGAGGAAGAGGAGUUUUUCGAGAUCAGGACUGAGUGGUCCGAUAGGAACAUUUUAUACUUGCAUCGGAGUUACUCCGAUCUUGGGCGGCUGUUUAAAAGACUCGUUGAGUCUUUCCCUGAGGACAGAAGAGACCUCUCCAAGUCUCCACUGAUAGAAGGACUGGUAAAAAUCAAAGAGGCGAACGACAUCGAGGAGAAACUGAACGAGGUGGAAAGACUAUUGAAGAAUGCUAUCAACAUGCCAUGCAAGUAUUCCAGGUCAGAGGUAAUGUUGACUUUCUUUGAGCGGUCACCGUUGGACCAAGUGUUGAGAAAUGACAAAGUCCACAGAAUCCAGCCAUGUUUUCAGAGCCCCAUCAAGAUAUCAGAAAUCAUGCGGUCGAAUGGAUUCUGUCUGGCCAAUACAGAAACCAUCGUAUUCGAUCACAGUCUUCCAGAAGAAAAAGAGAGACCUUCAUCCACUGACUCUGUGGAACAUACGUAUGAGGACGGAUCAGAGUUUCUGCCAGUAGAAUCAGACCUGUGUGAUGAGGAAACAGAGGCGUAUGUCACCAACCUGUCCUACUACCACCUGGUCCCGUUUGAAACUGACAUCCUGGAAUGAGGAACUUACACAACAGAUGCCUGCUGAUGGACAUCUGAUCCUAUCGUUGAGGAGUAUGCACUCUUAAAUGGAACCUAGCUAUGCAACGCUGCAAGUAGCUGCUCCGAUUUAAUAAUGCUGCUG